AUAGUAUGGUUUACGGCAAUAUUUCCAUACGUUGUCUUACUUAUUCUCUUUAUUCGCGGUAUCACUCUGCCGGGAGCUGAAAAAGGUAUCAAAUACUACAUUGAACCAAAUCUUGAAAUGUUAACUGUACCAAGUGUUUGGCAAGAUGCUGCAACUCAGGUCUUUUUUUCAUUGGGCCCAGGAUUUGGUGUUUUGAUGGCUUACUCAUCAUAUAAUGAAUUUCACAAUAAUGUUUAUCAUGACGCAUUAAUUACAAGUGCAAUUAAUUGCGCAACGAGUUUUCUGUCCGGUUUUGUCAUUUUCUCGGAAGGUCCAGGACUUGUAUUUGUUGUCUAUCCGGAAGCAUUAGCAGCAAUGCCAGGUGCAUCAAUAUUUUCCGUCAUUUUUUUUCUCAUGCUACUUACUCUUGGAUUAGACAGCUCGUUUGGUGGUUCUGAAGCAAUAAUUACCGCAUUAAGUGAUGAAUUUCCAUUAUUAAAGCGUCGUCGAGAAUAUUUUGUCGGUAUACUAUUCACUUUUUAUAUGUUUAUUGGAAUUGCUAUAUGUACUAAGGGUGGUAUUCUAAUUAUGGAGUGGUUAAUUGUCUACGGUACCUCAUGGGGUCUACUAAUUGCGGUAUUCUGCGAAACAAUUGUCAUCUCAUUCAUUUAUGGAAUAAGUAAUUUUGUGCAAAAUUUAAAAGAAAUGCUAGGCUUUGAACCAGGAUAUUAUUGGCGUUUGUGUUGGAUUAUUGGUGCACCAAUUUUUUUAUUGUGUACCAUAAUUAGUUGUUUCGCUAAUUAUGAACCAUUGAAAUACCAAGAUUUUGUCUAUCCGCAAAUAGCUAAUACUCUUGGUAUACUAUUCUCACUUUCAACUAUAUCAGUAAUUUUCAUCGUUGGCAUCUACAAGCUUUAUACUGAGAAGGGUGACACUUUCAUUAUGAAACUAAAAGCAGUUUUAACACCUCAUCGGCGGGAUUUUAUUAACACUAACGAAAUUACCGGAUCUAUGUCAAAUGAUGAAAUAUAUUUGUAA